AUGGCGGCCGCGGCCGGGGAGGCAGCGGGAGGCGGCGGCGGCUCCCCGUCCUCCGCCCGGCGGCGGCUGCGCAUCAUCUCCGGGCACCUGCGGGGCUCGCCGCGGGCGCCGGGGCGGGGAGCGCUCUCCCCGAGCCCCUGCAAGGCGCAGGGCGGCUCCGCCGGGCCGGCCUCCGGCUCCAUCCCGAAGAAGCGGCAAGAACUUUUGAAGUGGAAUGGAUGGGGAUAUAAUGAUUCCAAAUUCAUCUUCAAUAAGAAGGGUCAAGCAGAAUUCACAGGAAAAAGGUACAGAUUAGGUGGUAUGGUAUUACCAACUUUUAAGGAAUGGAUAGAAAAAACCUUUGGAGCAAGUCUGGAGCACAAAACUACCUCUAGAGCAUCCUUAAAUGUUAAUGAUGUACCUCCAUCCAUUGUAAAUGAAGAAUUUCUUCAGGAUCUUAGAGCCACUAAAAUCUCAUAUUCCCAGGAUGCAGAAGAUAGGGUAUUCAGAGCUCAUGGCCACUGCCUACACGAGAUAUUUGUACUCAGGGAAGGAAUGUUUAAGCGAAUUCCUGAUAUAGUUGUAUGGCCUGUUUGCCAUGAAGAUGUAGUUAAAAUUGUGGAAUUAGCCUGCAAACACAAUCUCUGCAUAAUACCAUUUGGUGGAGGGACCAGUGUCUCUAGUGCUCUUGAAUGUCCUGAAGAAGAAAAAAGAACAAUUGUCUCCCUGGAUACAUCACAAAUGAAUCGGAUUCUCUGGAUAGAUGAAAAAAACUUAACAGCUUGUGUAGAAGCUGGCAUUGUUGGACAAGAUCUGGAAAAACAGCUUGCUGAAAGUGGCUUCUGUACAGGCCAUGAACCAGACUCCAUGGAAUUCAGUUCACUAGGAGGCUGGGUAGCAACACGAGCAUCAGGCAUGAAAAAAAACAUCUAUGGAAACAUUGAAGAUCUGGUGAUCCAUAUAAAAAUGGUAACUCCUAGAGGAAUAGUAGAAAAAAACUGUCAAGUACCUCGCAUGUCAACAGGACCUGAUAUCCAUCACUUCAUUAUGGGAUCUGAAGGAACGCUUGGAGUGGUUACUGAAGUUACGAUAAAGAUUCGCCCGGUCCCCGAGUACCAGAAGUAUGGCUCUGUGGUCUUCCCCAACUUUGAGCGAGGGGUGGCCUGCUUGAGGGAAGUGGCAAAGCAGAGAUGUGCUCCUGCAUCAAUUCGCCUUGUCGACAAUGCACAGUUUCAGUUUGGUCAUGCUCUUAAACCACAAGUUGCUUCCAUUUUUACAUCGUUUUUGGAUGGACUGAAAAAGUUCUACAUCACAAAGUUUAAAGGAUUUGAUCCCAACAUACUGUGUGUAGCUACCUUGCUCUUUGAGGGUGACAGAGAGAAGGUUCUUCAGCAUGAGAAGCAAGUCUACGAUAUUGCCACCAAGUUUGGUGGCUUGGCAGCAGGAGAAGAUAAUGGACAGAGAGGAUACAUGUUGACAUUUGUCAUCGCUUACCUUCGGGACCUAGGCCUGGAUUAUUACGUAAUAGGAGAAUCAUUUGAGACAUCUGUUCCUUGGGAUAGGGUUUUGGACCUUUGUAGAAAUGUAAAGGAAAGGAUAGUACGAGAAUGCAAAGAAAAGGGUGUUCAGUUUGCUCCUCUUUCCACCUGUAGGGUGACACAGACUUACGAUGCAGGUGCAUGUGUCUACUUCUACUUUGCCUUUAACUACAGAGGAAUUAGUGAUCCUAUUCAUGUCUAUGAGCAAAUUGAGAGGGCUGCUAGAGAAGAAAUACUUGCCAAUGGAGGAAGUCUUUCACAUCACCAUGGAGUAGGCAAAUUGCGGAAGCGCUGGAUGAAGGAGAGCAUCUCUGAUGUUGGCUUGGGAAUGCUGAGAUCUGUUAAAGAAUAUGUGGACCCCAAUAACAUCUUUGGAAACAAAAAUCUUUUAUAAAGCCCUGCACAAAUGAUGUACUAAAAAUUAAAAAUUACUGUUGAAAUUCCUCCACUUUCAUUGUAUUGAUAUCCCAGUAAUCAAAUAUAACAUAGACUAAACUUUCAAAACUAGUAACUUACGUUGAUUUUUGCUACUCCCUUCCCCCUUCCCCCAAUAAAGUAUAAACAUCACUGUUAAUGUUUAUGGACUUUUACUUAACAAUGUUCCAACCUACUGGGCACAAAGUACUAACCAGGAAAUGCAAAUUUGGGUUUCCAAGUUGGGCUAGGCAGCACAGCUGACAGUAUUUUCAGUGCUGGAUACUGCCAGAUGUUUCUUACUUAAAGCAUCCCCCACCAGGAGGACAAAGACUGACAACAGUGUUUUCUACAGAUGCAGCUGCACAGCCCAGCCUCUUGCUAAAGGAAAGCUGCUGAGACAGAUGAGAGAACACCAAGGAGUACCUCCCUGUACUGCAUUAAGUAUGUAACAGACUUGUAACCAGCAAAUACUUAGAGUAUAAAUAUAGGCUUUCAUCAAAAGAGACAGUGUAAGUCAAACUACUAAAAAUUCAGUAGUCUCUCACUGUAAUACUACUGGAAAAUCUUACACAAUUGAGCUGUUCUGAGUUGUAUUUGCAUUGCUGGGAUAAUCUUAAAUUAAUUGUAGGUCAGUCACUAAGUUUUGUACAAUGGACAUUUCUCACUGUAUGUUGAAAACAGGUUUGUAACAAAAUUUUGUGUUCAUCUGUACUUCAGUCCUAGUGUGUAUGGGUUUUGUUCCCGUUGUUUGUUUUGCACAGAUGCAAAAUAUCUUUUUCAGUUACUCAGAUGAAACUGCCCAGCACUGUCUUUUGAAACAGUCACAACAGUUUAAUAAAACACUUAAAU